AUGGGUGUCACCGGUCUUUGGACCGUAGUGCAACCUUGCGCUCGACCCAUCAAACUCGAAACUCUUAAUAAAAAGCGCCUGGCUGUCGACGCGUCUAUAUGGAUCUACCAAUUCCUCAAGGCAGUGCGUGAUAAGGAGGGAAACGCGCUGCGCAAUUCACACGUCGUUGGCUUCUUCCGCCGGAUAUGUAAACUAUUAUAUUUCGGAAUUCGACCCGUCUUCGUCUUCGAUGGCGGCGCCCGGAAGCUGCUCGCUGUGCAGAUGCAGCGUAGCGCCGAGGAAGAAGCUGAAACGCGACGCCGAGAAAAGAAACGUCAACAAGAGGAAGAAGAGGUCACUGAAGCACCCGUCUAUGUAGAUGAAGCUAUGAUGAACGAGAAAGAGAAACAACAGACUCGCAAGUUCAAGAAGAAGGACGCGUAUCAUCUGCCAAAUCUUGACGUCUCCUUGGAAGAUAUGGGUGCUCCGAAUGACCCCCGCAUCAUGUCACAAGACGAGCUGGAGGAAUAUGCGAGGCAAUUCCAUCAGGGCCAGGAUAUCAAUCUCUACGAUUUCUCAAAGAUCGACUUUGAUAGUCAAUUUUUUCUUAGUCUACCGGCUACCGAUCGUUAUAAUAUCUUGAACGCGGCGCGACUUCGGAGUCGACUGCGAAUGGGUUAUUCGAAGGAGCAGCUUGAUACCAUGUUUCCAAACCGGAUGGACUUCUCGAGGUUUCAAAUCGAAAGAGUAAAAGAGCGCAACGAUUUAACCCAGCGACUAAUGAAUAUCAACGGGAUGAAUGGCGAAGAGGCAUUCUACAACUCUGGCCAGAGAAUUGCCGGAGAGCGUGGCAGGGAAUACGUUCUCGUCAAAGAUAGCCAACACGAAGGUGGCUGGGUUCUGGGUGUCGUUGGGAACAAGAAUGAAGGCUAUGAAGACAAACCCAUUGAUGUUGAUCAAUAUGGCCAACCAGAGUUUCUCUCGGGAUCCGAGGACGUGUCGGACGAAGACGAGUUCGAGGAUGUCCCGAUUGAAGGUCUCAACAGACUUCCCAAACUUCCUUUCUUGCAAGAAGGUGCCUUUGAUCAGUCACUUGAGCAAGCGCAGGAAGACGCGCACAUGCAAAAAGCACUGUGGGAACCACGCAAAUCUGAGGCCGGGCGAGGACAAGCCGAGGCCGACGAAGACGCGCUUUUUGUCCAGGGUGAUGAUAAUGUCCUCCCACAAUCGGACACCGGGGUGUUCGAGGAUGAGGACGAUGAACUAAGAGAAGCUAUCGCACUCUCGCUGCAACCUCACGAGGAACAUGAUGAAUAUAUGCCUGAUAUUCCGAUCAACCGACCGACCAUUCCGGCAGCCCCUCCUGCACCUACGAUGGACAUGCUGAUUGAAAGCGAUGAUGACGACGAUGGAAUGGAUUUCGCAGCCGCCAUCGCGCAGACAAAGCUCGUCAAGGAUAAACCUCGUCCGCGUGUAGAGAACCCAUUCAAUGGCCCUCUCCCGUUUGAGUCUAUCCAGCUUAACAAGCUCCCUCAGCCAUCCAAGCAAGCAAAGCCCGAUGAACAUGCCGGUGGCUUCAUGAAAGACACCGACAGGGCAAAGAAAAAGACUGAACCGCCUCCCCCUUGGUUUGUUGGUGAGCGCCUAAAUGAAAAAUUCAUCAUAGAUACCACACGCGAGGAGGCUCAAGAUGAAGAUGGACGUGAUGCAGAUGAACCUGAUCAUUUCUUUCUGUCCAAUCGUCGAUCACCAGAAAUUAUCGAUGUUGAUGACCUCUCCGAAACAAAAGAAGUGAUUACGCUCGAGGCGGACGAACCUGAAAAGGAAGAACCCGCGCCUCAAACACAUUUCGAGAUCCCUCCGGCUGACCAGCUGGAGACGACCAAAGAGGAGCCAGUAUUCGAACCAUUGGCGGAAAGAGCAAAGUCCGAGACAGCGACCAAACCCUCUGAUAUCCCAGAGGCAAAUGGUAUUGAAGAAUCUCAAAAAUCGAUCCCUGAACAAGCGGAAGUGACUCAACAGCAAAAACAACCCGUCAAUAUUGAGCCUUCUCCCGAGCCGUCCCCCGAACCCGAGUUUGAGGAUGUGUUAACUGAGGCACCUGUGCCGGUUUCUGCUACACCCGCACCUGCGCCUGCGCCGGAAAUUGUCGUGGUCUCCAACCAGAACUACGAGUCUCAAGGACCGAUUCAACCUCCGAUUGUGAUGGAAGACGAUGGCGAAUACAGCGACCCGGAAGAUGAAGAACUUCUCAGGCAGCUUGCGGCCGAGUCAGAGGAACACGUCCGAUUUGCCCAGGUUUUGAACUCGGCGGCGCCCAUCCAGGACGCACUUGAUUAUGAACAAGAACUCAAGCAGCUGCGUAAUCAACAUCGCAAGGACCAACGUGAUGCAGAUGAAGUGACCCAAAUCAUGAUCAACGAGUGCCAGCAAUUACUACGGCUAUUUGGACUGCCCUAUGUCACCGCGCCCAUGGAAGCGGAAGCACAGUGUGCGAAGCUUGUCGACCUCGGACUCGUGGAUGGUAUUGUGACGGAUGAUAGCGAUAUUUUCCUCUUUGGUGGGAACCGAGUCUACAAGAACAUGUUCAACCAAAGCAAGUUUGUGGAAUGCUAUCUAACCUCCGACCUGGAGAAGGAGUAUGCCCUCCACCGGCAAAAGCUCAUCAAUUUUGCACACCUUCUAGGCAGUGAUUAUACCGAGGGUAUCCCGGUGCAGAUGGGGGUCAACAACCUUGACGAUGCUCACCUUGCCUUUCGGAAGAAGUUCCGAAAGAAAGCGUCCAAGAUCUUCCUGCCUCCUGCUUUUCCCGACCUACGGGUAGACGAGGCGUACCUCGAGCCCGAGGUCGAUGCAGACGCCUCGCCCUUCCAGUGGGGAGUUCCGGACUUGAAUGGACUACGAAAUUUUCUCAUGGCGACAAUCGGCUGGAGUCCCGAACGCACAGAUGAGGUUCUUGUGCCAGUCAUUCGGGAUAUGAAUCGACGAGAGCAAGAAGGCACGCAGUCGAAUAUUACACAGUUCAUGGCGGGCCCACAAGGAGCUGGAGCAUUUGCGCCACGUGUGCGUGGUGCUGGGCCCAGUCGGAUGGAGAAGGCGUUUGGGCGACUUCGACAAGAAGCGCAAACUCUGACGGGGAGAGAAUCUCAUGGUGGUGAGCCUUCAGGAAGUCCAGGGUCCGAACCGGGCCCUAGACCUGAGGCUGGGGAUGCUGCUACAAGCCAAGGCAAGCGUGGGGCGCCCACUACGAAGAAGGGAGAUGGUAAGAGCCAAGGAAGCAGCAAGAAACGUAAAACACGAGGCUCUUGA